CCGGCGUCGGGGGCGUGUCCGCAUGCGGGGGCGUGUCUGGGGCUGGGCCCGCGGGGUGCGGCGCCCGGAGGCGGAAACUCUCGGAGCCCUUGGUGCCGGGGGGAGCGCGGUGCGCGUCUGGCGGGCUCCGGGACAGCAGGGCCGGCGCUGGACAGCGUGCCUCGCGUGCUUGGGAAGCGUCUGUGCCCCGCCUGGUCGUUCUCACCGAUCGCGGCGCCAUGAAGCCUGCAGCCGCUGGCCACGUGCUCCUGUGCUGCCUGUGCCUGGCGUUCGCGUACCUGUGCUGCGCGCACCGGCUCUGGAGGAGUGGUGACCAAGAGUGGCAGAAACUGAUUAUGGUCCAUCACUGGCCUGCAACAGUGUGCAAGGAAGUUGAAAAUGACUGCAGAAAUCCCCCGGAUUACUGGACGAUACACGGGUUAUGGCCCGAUAAAGCAGAAGAAUGUAAUCGAUCCUGGCACUUUCAUUUAGAAGAGAUUAAGGAUCUUUUGCAAGAUAUGAAGAUAUACUGGCCUGAUGUGAUCCACUCAUCUGCUAAUCGCAGCUCCUUCUGGAAGCAUGAGUGGCAGAAGCACGGGACCUGUGCGGCCCAGCUGGACGCUCUCAAUUCACAAAAGAAAUACUUCGGGAAAGGUCUGGAUCUGUACAAGGGACUCGCCCUAAACAGCAUGCUGCAGAAACUGGGGAUAAUCCCUUCUGGCAAUUACUAUCAGAUUGCGGAUAUCAAAGAUGCCCUAGCUGGCUUAUAUGGAGUCAUACCUAAGAUCCAGUGUCUUCUGCCAAAGCAGGGUGAGGAGGUACAGACCAUCGGGCAGAUCGAGCUGUGCUUCACCAAGGACCUGCAGCUGCGAAACUGUACGGAGCCUGGGAAGCCUGGGAAGCCUGUGGCCGUCGGGCAGGGAGCACAGCCGGCAGGGGCAGCCAUGAACCUGCAGGUCUGUGAGGACGGCCCCGUCUUUUACCCCCCGCCCCAGGAGACCAACCGCUGAUGUCCACAUUUUGGAAAUACUCUGUUUUGAACAGCAAGAGAAAUUCGCAAAGCAUUGCUUUUCAAAGGGCAACUCCAAUGUGAAAUCACGGUCUUACAACUUCCUAUAAUGUCAGCCUGUUUUGUUGUUUUGCUUUUCACUUCCAGUCUGUGAGUUGAUUUUUGUAGAACAUGGAAUAAAGCUUAGGUUUUCUUUUU